AUGGACCUGCGCUACAUGAAGUUCCUGCGGCUGCUGCUGCGUAUGAUCGACUCCUGGCCGCACCAGCAGCUACGCGACAGCAAGCCCGUGCGCUUCCGAGACUCGCGCUUCCUCUUCAUAGAGGGCGCUGGCGUCGGCAUCGGCGGCCUGUUCUACGUCCGGAGCCACUACAAGGUGGUCCCCUUCCUGGAAAUUGGACAGACGUACUUGACUAUCUUUCUGAGCAUAGUCGCUACGGUGUAUCAACGUAUAAACAGACUCUGCUCAGUCUUUGUUGCUUUCGUCGCUGUAGAAGUAAUAAUAGGAAUAUUUCUGUUCAACUUAAUGCCCUUCCUCAAUAACUACAAAAAGGGCAUGUUCAAUCAGGAGCUGCCGGCCAACAAGGUGUUCGAGCAUUCCAUCAACUACUCCCUGCCAUACGUCAACUGCUACACCAACUUGAUCGGGUACAUUGUCAUGACGCUCAUCAAUAUAAUCUGCAGCUGUGACUGCGGCAUAUUUUUCAGCGGCGUUGACGUUUAUAUAGCUGUCAUCGUGUUCCACAUCUGGGGACACUUGAAAAUCCUCGACCAUCGUUUGAGAACCUUCCCGACGCCGGUGCAGAUGCGCGGCCACCAGCCUGGAGAGCCUGGAAAUGAUCUAAUGUAUACUAAGGAAGAAAAUAAGAAAGCUGCAGCUAUGCUUAAGGACAUCAUCGAGUAUCAUGGAAUGAUAAUGCGGUUAGUGUCCUAG